AUGGAUUUCUACUGGCAUGGCAUGAGGAAAGACAUAAAGAAGUUGGUGAAAGGGUGUCAAGUUUGUCAGAUGAAUAAGCAUGAGACUGUGCUGCCAACAAGAUUACUUCAACCUUUACCGGUUCUUCAAAUUCCUUGGCUUGACAUUCCCAUGGAUUUCAUUGAAGGCCUUUCAUCCUCAAAUUGGAUGACUGUUAUUUUGACUGUUGUGGACAGAUUGACUAAGUUUGGUCAUUUCUUUCCAAUGUCUCAUCCCUACACUGCAAGCACUACAACUAAUGCAGCAGUAGAUCAGCAAUUGAAGUAUAGAUACAAGGUACUUUCUCUCUUGAAAGAGAGUUUAAAGAAGGCCCAAGAUCGAAUAAAGCUCUAUGCUGAUAGAAAGAGAUUUGAAAGACUUUUUGCAACUGGUAAAUGGGUUUCAAGUUUGAAAAAGAAACUUGUAGAUCAGAUCUCUCCAUUACCCACACUGCCUCCAGUUGACAGUGAAUGGAGUGUUCAACCUAAACCUAAGCUUAUCUUGGAAUGGAGAAUGAUGAAAGUAGGUAACCAUGCUUCGACUGAAGUUUUGGUUAAAUGGGUGGAGCUUCCAUUGAGGAUAGUUCAUGGUUUGGAAUCUCAGAGCUUCAUACCCUCAUUUAGUAGGCACAGUUCUUUGAUUUUGUCAUGA